UUUCAGUUCCUCCUCUGUCUUUCAUCAAUCCCAUUUCCCGCCAUGUCUUCCAUCACUCUUCCUCCGAAGAUGAAAGCCCUCGUCCAGGAAGUCAAAGGCGAUCCAUUGAUCCUCAAGUCUGUCCCCACUCCGCAAGCAACCCACGGCGCAGUCGUAGUCCAAGUCCUUGCCUCUCUCGCUCAUCCCAACCUCCCUAAAAUCCUCUCCAAGGAAGGAUUAAUCUUCACGUACCCGAUUCCCUUCACCCCGGGUGACCGUUCUGUCGGCCGCGUCGCCGCCACAGGCCCCGACACAACAUCGCUCCCAGUCGGUCAACUCGUCAUGGUCGAGCCCUGGUUCCGCGCGAGAGAUAAUUCAGAUGUCCAGAUUCUGUUUGGGGCCUUUGAUGGCUCGACACCUGCGGCGAAGACGUGGAUGGCGGAUAAUUGGCGGUAUGCAGCUUAUGCGGAGUAUGUAAAGACGCCGUUGGAGAAUACGUGGGCACUGAAUGAGAAUCGCCUUUGCAAAGAGUUGGGGUAUAGCAUCCCCGAACUGCUGCAGUUGACAGUUGAUGUGGUAGCUUAUGGAGGCUUGAGGGGCAUUGACAUUAAAGCUGGAGAGCGUCUCAUCGUGGCACCCGCCACUGGCAUGUUCUCAGGAGCGACAGUCGGAGUGGCCGUCGCCAUGGGAGUUAGUGUCAUUGCCGUUGGACGGAAUAUCGAAGUACUCAAGAAACUGAAGGAAACAUGCCCCGAGCAGAUCGAAAUCGUCGUCCUGACCGGAGACUUGGAAAACGACAAAGCUGCUAUGAUGAGGUUUGGUCCCGUCGAUGCGCUUCUGGAGAUGAGCCCCGCAGAAGCGGGAGGAAGUAAUUAUGUUAGAGCUGCCUUCGGAGCGCUGAGGCAGUACGGACGAGCUUCGAUUAUGGGUUAUGGGACUGGUCUGAUGGCCGACAUUGAGAUUCCGUAUAUGGAAGUCGUAUUCAAGAACUUGAGGAUUCAAGGCCAGUGUAUGUACGAGAGGGAGCAUGUCAGGGGCUUGGUCAAGUUGGCUGAGUCAGGAGCGUUGAAGUUGGGAAAUAAGAGGGGGGAUGGGGUAAAAGGAACAUUCAAGCUUGAGGAGGUAGACGAACUGUUUAAAGGGAAGGUCGGUGUUGGCAGUUUCUAUGCGCUGACUCCAUGGAAGGAGUGAGAUGGAGAAGAAGGCGCAACUCUAAACGUUUAAGCCCAAAAUAGGUGGAUCAAUUUGAGCACAAAGCGCAUCACGAAGAGCAAGAAAUGAAAGUCAUAACUUUUGAUUGUCAUCAACGACAAACACUUCAUUCAUCCCACUCACACCUCCUCAUGCACAACAAUCCAUCAUCCAAAUACUUCUACACAGG